UUUCCCCACUUCAUAAUGAUUCAACUGAAUUUUUUGGUUUAUCAAUUGUCCUGAGGUUUAGUUUUUUUAUUUUCUGUUCUCUUUCCAUAUUCAUUAAAAACUACCAUCUUGUAUGGCUAUGUAAGAAAAGUUUCCAAAUUGGGAAUUGGAUUCUUUUCUUUUUUUCCAGUAUUUUGCUGGUUAUGCAACUCUCCCUUGUCUCUUACGUUAAAACUGAAUGGGAGAAAGCUUGGUGCUCUCUGGUUCUAAGGCAGUGACCUAUUGAAAGGAGAGUUUAGCUAUGUCUAAUUUUACAAUGCCAGUUCCCCUUGUGCCGUAUCCGACACCGCCGGCGCCUUACAUUCCUCCUGCAGCCAAUGGUGGUCAAAGCCAGCUUGUAUGUUCGGGAUGUCAAAAUUUGUUGCUGUAUCCUAUUGGAGCAACCUCCGUGUGCUGUGCAGUUUGCAAUGCAGUAACAGCAGUGCCACCUCCAGGCACGGAAAUGGCCCAGUUGGUCUGCGGAGGCUGCCAUACCUUACUAAUGUAUAUCCGUGGAGCAACCAGCGUUCAAUGUUCGUGUUGUUUCACUGUCAAUCUGGCCUUGGAAGCAAAUCAGGUGGCACAUGUGAAUUGUGGGAACUGCAGAAUGUUACUAAUGUACCAGUAUGGAGCAAGAUCUGUAAAAUGUGCAGUUUGCAAUUUUGUGACAUCAGUUGGGGGCUCGGAAAGCGCUGCCGAACAGAAGUUCAACAGCUAAAAGGUUACAUUACGCCCAAGUUGAUUGUCAGAAGCUACAACUUUGGUUUUGCACAUUACAAAUAUAUUUCUCCGCAUUUACAUUGAAUCGGAAAAUUGAGGAAACUCCCUCCUAGCUUUGUAUCGAGUUAUUUUACCUUAAGUGACUUAUGAAAUAAGCAGUUUUGGUUAGCUGAUUGGAUGCAUUAUAUAAGUAAUUCGAUCGGAGAAGACCUGUAACAGUUUGAGCAAUCGGUUAUCUUCCGAAUUCCGAUACGAAAAACUGCGAUUUCUUUUACUUUGCAAUGAAUAUGAGUGGUAAUAAAUACAGGGCAUAAAGUCCAUCUAUGAUA